AUGUAUAUAAUUCAAAAGUACGAUCUAAUCGUUGAAAAAGAGCGCUAUUGCCUGAUUGGCGACAGCCUGGACGAGGCCUUUGUGGACCUGAUCGUGGGCCUGGAGCCCUUCUGGAAUCCGCGCAACCCCAAGCCGCCGACGCCCAAGCUGCCCACGCCCACGCCCGAGGAGCUGGCCGCCAUGGAGGAGGCACGAGCGGCCGCCGAAGCCGCCGCAGCGGCCGAGGCAGAAGCGGCUGCUGCUGCUGCUGCCGCGGGCGAACCCGGAGCAGAGGGAGAAGGCGCUGCGCCCGGAGAGGCAAAGGCACCGGAGAAGGAACCAACGCCUCCCAAGGAGCCCACUCCGCCACCACCACCACCGCCGCCGUUCGAGUACUCGAUCGAUCUGCCCCCAGAGGGUGCCGAGGUGCCCUAUGUCAAGAACUACGAGCCACCGCCACCCGGCUCCGAACCAGAGCCUGUGCCAGCUGCUGAGGGGGAGGCUGCUCCGGCGGCUGAGGGCGCUGCUCCUCCAGCUGAGGGUGCCGCUCCUCCGGCGGAAGGUGCUGCUCCUGCCGCAGAAGGGGCCGCUCCUCCUGCAGAGGCUGCUGCUCCUCCUGCUGAGGGUGCUGCUCCUCCUGCUGAGGGUGCUGCUCCUCCGGCUGAUGGUGCUGCGGCUCCUGCUGAAGCAGCUACUGCUCCUGCCGAGGGAGAAGCUGCUCCUCCUCCGGCUGAAGCUGCUCUUGCCGCCGAAGCCCCAGCCGCCGAAGCUGCUCCAGCUGAAGCCCCAGCCGCCGAAGCGGCUCCCGCUGCGGCCGAAGGCGACGCACCACCAGCUUAGUCCCAGCUCAGCCCAUCCCCGCGAGAAACUGCUGCACAACACCGAAAGAAAACACAACUGCUACCAACUGCUGCCCUGCUUUUAAAAAACCUAGUUUAGAGCAUGUUUUUGAAAACAAUUUUAUUUUAUUUUAAAACGAAACAAAACGAAAUUGAAUUAAAAAUUCAGUUAGCAAAAGCAUUCUAAAAACGAAGUGCUGCUUACUUUUUGCGUUGUUUUGCUACCUUUUUUAUUUCAUAUUAACAGCUAGCACAACCUUGCCGAUUUUGCGAACUCAACUGCUGGCUUUUUUAUUUAUUUUGCCCGAAAAGAGGUAAUUAUCGUCGGUUUAUGUUGAGAUUAUAAGUUUUUAAGUGUGAAGGUCUCAGUUUGUGUCAGGUCUUAAUGUAAUUUUAAUGAUUUCUUAUGCAUUUUUAUUAAUUUCGUUCCUUACUCUUGCGUUCUUUUAUGAUUUCCCACACUCACCAACCU